AUGGGUCUGCUGACGCCACUCCUGCUCUUUGGAUUUGCAUUUUUUCAGGUCUAUGGAUCCCGUCUCCGCCAGGAGGACUUUCCACCACGGAUUGUUGAGCAUCCUUCAGAUGUGAUAGUCUCUAAAGGAGAGCCAACAACUCUGAACUGUAAAGCUGAAGGACGGCCAACUCCUACUAUUGAGUGGUACAAGGAUGGAGAGCGAGUGGAAACGGACAAGGAUGAUCCACGCUCCCACCGCAUGCUGCUGCCCAGCGGAUCUUUAUUUUUCUUACGUAUCGUGCACGGACGCAGGAGUAAACCUGAUGAAGGAAGUUAUGUUUGCGUAGCAAGGAACUAUCUUGGAGAAGCUGUGAGUCGCAAUGCAUCUCUGGAAGUGGCAUUGCUACGGGAUGACUUCCGCCAAAACCCUACAGAUGUUGUGGUGGCAGCUGGAGAGCCUGCCAUAUUGGAGUGCCAGCCACCUCGUGGACACCCUGAGCCUACCAUCUACUGGAAGAAAGAUAAAGUCCGUAUUGAUGACAAGGAAGAGCGGAUCAGUAUACGUGGUGGGAAGCUGAUGAUCUCCAAUACAAGAAAAAGUGACGCCGGCAUGUAUACUUGUGUUGGAACAAACAUGGUGGGGGAGCGAGACAGCGACCCAGCAGAGCUGACUGUCUUUGAACGGCCCACGUUUCUCAGGCGACCGAUUAACCAAGUGGUGCUGGAGGAGGAGGCCGUGGAUUUCCGAUGCCAGGUGCAGGGGGAUCCCACACCCACAGUCCGGUGGAAAAAAGAUGAUGCAGACUUACCGAGAGGAAGGUAUGACAUCAAAGAUGAUUAUACUUUGCGCAUUAAGAAGGCCGUGAGCACAGAUGAAGGAACCUACACAUGCAUUGCUGAGAAUCGAGUUGGAAAAGUGGAAGCCUCUGCUACACUCACUGUGCGAGCUCGCCCCGUUGCUCCCCCACAGUUUGUGGUGAGACCACGAGACCAGAUUGUAGCCCAGGGUCGAACAGUGACAUUUCCUUGUGAAACUAAAGGAAAUCCCCAGCCAGCUGUUUUCUGGCAAAAAGAAGGAAGCCAGAAUCUACUCUUCCCAAACCAGCCUCUCCAACCCAACAGCAGGUAUUCAGUGUCACCAACUGGAGACCUCACUAUUACCAACAUUCAGCGGUCUGAUGCAGGCUACUACAUUUGUCAAGCACUGACGGUUGCUGGAAGCAUUUUAGCAAAGGCUCAGCUGGAGGUUACUGAUGUCUUGACAGAUAGGCCUCCGCCCAUCAUCCUCCAGGGGCCGGUCAAUCAGACUCUGGCAGUGGAUGGGACAGCUUUGCUGAAGUGCAAGGCAACUGGUGACCCCCUUCCUGUCAUCAGCUGGUUAAAAGAAGGAUUCACUUUCCUGGGCAGAGACCCUCGAACAUCCAUACAGGAUCAGGGGACGCUUCAGAUUAAAACUCUGCGGCUGUCCGAUACUGGGACUUACACUUGCGUUGCUACAAGUUCCAGUGGAGAGACAUCUUGGAGUGCUGUGCUGGAGGUGACAGAAUCUGGUGGAGCAACAGUCAGUAAAAAUUAUGAUAUAAAUGACCUCCCUGGGCCACCAUCCAAACCUCAGGUCACUGAUGUUACUAAGAACAGUGUCACCCUGUCCUGGCAACCAGGGACCCCUGGAAGCCUACCAGCUAGUGCAUAUAUCAUUGAGGCUUUUAGUCAAUCUGUGAGCAAUAGUUGGCAAACGGUGGCUAACCAUGUGAAGACCACACUCUACACUGUGAGAGGACUGCGCCCCAAUACAAUCUACCUGUUUAUGGUGAGAGCUAUCAAUUCACAAGGUCUGAGUGAUCCCAGCCCUAUGUCAGAUCCUGUCCGAACACAAGAUAUCAGCCCACCAGCACAAGGUGUAGAUCACAGGCAAGUCCAGAAAGAACUGGGAGAUGUCAUUGUACGACUGCAUAAUCCUGUUGUGCUGACACCCACAACGGUUCAAGUCACUUGGACGGUUGACCGCCAAUCCCAGUUUAUUCAGGGCUACCGAGUCAUGUAUCGCCAAACAUCUGGCCUACCUUCUCCCGCUGUAUGGCAGAAUUUGGAGGUCAAAGUCCCAACUGAGCGCAGUGCUGUCCUCGUCAGCUUGAAAAAGGGGGUCACUUACGAAAUUAAGGUUCGCCCUUAUUUCAAUGAAUUCCAAGGAAUGGACAGUGAAUCAAAGUCUGCUCGUACCACAGAGGAAGCUCCAAGUGCCCCUCCUCAGUCUGUUACUGUCCUGACAGUUGGAAACCACAACAGCACAAGCAUCAGCAUCUCCUGGGAUCCUCCCCCUCCAGAUCACCAAAAUGGAGUCAUCCAGGAGUAUAAGAUCUGGUGCCUAGGUAAUGAGACUCGAUUUCAUAUCAACAAAACAGUAGAUGCAGCCAUUCGGUCUGUAGUAAUAGGUGGCCUGUAUCCAGGUAUUCAGUACCGUGUGGAAGUUGCUGCAAGCACCAGUGCAGGUGUGGGAGUAAAAAGUGAGCCACAACCCAUAAUAAUUGGAGGUCGUAAUGAAGUUGUCAUCACUGAAAAUAACAACAGCAUAACUGAGCAAAUCACUGAUGUUGUCAAACAACCUGCCUUUAUAGCUGGCAUCGGUGGUGCAUGUUGGGUAAUUCUGAUGGGUUUCAGCAUCUGGCUGUACUGGCGCAGAAAGAAGAGGAAGGGGCUCAGCAAUUAUGCUGUCACUUUCCAAAGAGGAGAUGGAGGACUAAUGAGCAAUGGAAGUCGACCAGGUCUGUUGAAUGCAAGUGACCCCAGUUAUCCUUGGCUUGCAGACUCUUGGCCUGCCACGAGUCUGCCAGUAAACAACAGCACUAGUGGCCCCAAUGAUCUUGGCAAUUUUGGUCGUGGAGAUGUGCUGCCACCGGUGCCAGGGCAAGGAGAUAAAACUGCUACUAUGCUUUCUGAUGGAGCCAUUUACAGCAGCAUUGACUUCACCACGAAAACUAGUUACAACAGUUCCAGCCAAAUAACGCAAGCUACGCCAUAUGCCACCACCCAGAUACUGCAUUCCAACAGCAUCCAUGAGUUGGCUGUUGACUUACCUGAUCCUCAGUGGAAAAGCUCAAUUCAGCAAAAAAAUGACCUGAUGGGUUUCGGUUACUCUCUCCCAGACCAAGGCAAGGGCAACAAUGCCUUGCUUUACAUCCCUGACUACCGCGUGGCUGAGGGAUUGGCUAAUAGAUUGCCACACAACCAGUCACAGGAUUUCAGCACCACCAGCUCCCACAACAGCUCCGAAAGGAGUGGCAGCCUCUCAGGUGGAAAAGGAGGGAAAAAGAAGAAAAACAAAAAUACUGCCAAGCCCCAGAAAAAUAAUGGUUCAAACUGGGCCAGUGUUCCCCUCCCACCCCCUCCUGUGCAGCCACUUCCAGGCACAGAGCUGGAACACUAUGGGGUGGAUCAGCAAGAAGCAGGAUAUGACAGUGAUGGUUGGUGUCCGCCCUUGCCAGUUCAGACCUACCUACAUCAGGGCAUGGAGGAUGAGCUUGAAGAAGAUGAUGAUCGUGUUCCCACACCUCCUGUCCGAGGAGUAGCUUCAUCACCUGCAAUCUCCUUUGGGCAACAGUCAACUGCAACCCUCACACCUUCUCCACGAGAGGAGAUGCAGCCAAUGCUUCAAGCCCACCUUGAUGAAUUAACUAGGGCUUACCAGUUUGAUAUAGCAAAGCAGACAUGGCACAUCCAAAGCAGUACACAACCUCCUCAGGCUCCAGUUCCGCCCCUAGGAUAUGUAUCUGGAAACCUUAUUUCAGAUUUGGAAACAGAUGUUCCAGAUGAUGAUGAUGAGGAGGAUGAUAUUGAAGAAGAAACUGUAGAAAUCAGUAGGCCGCUAAGAGGUCUAGAGCAUACUCCAGGCUCCAGUAUGGACAAUCUAGACAGCUCUGUGACAGGCAAAGUAUAUCCUUCCUCUCAGAGACCUCGGCCGAGCAGCCCUUUUUCUACUGACAGCAACACCAGUGCGGCUGUCAAUCAGAGUCAGAGGCCGAGGCCCACUAAAAAACACAAGGGAGGACGGUUGGACCAACCCCCCUUGCCUCAUCGUAGGGAGGGAAUAACAGACGAUCUUCCACCACCACCUGACCCGCCCCCUGGUCAGGGUUUAAGGCAGCAAAUAGUCCCCGGCCAGCGCGGAGGCUCGGCAGAGAGGAAAGGAAGCUCUCUUGAGAGGCAGCAUGCACCGAACGUAGAUGAAACAAAGAGCUCCCUGGACCGGCAAGCUAGGACGUCACUAGAGUGGCAGCGGCAAACCCAGGAGUGGAUAAGCUCUACAGACCGCCAAGAGGAUUUCAGGAAAGCCCAACACAAACAAGCAUUCGGAUCAGAAGAGGCACUCGUACCAUAUAGUAAACCCAACUUCCCAUCCCCUGGCGGCCACAGCUCUUCAGGAACAGCUUCUUCUAAAGGAUCAACUGGACCUAGAAAAGGUGAAGUCUUGCGAGGAGGUCACCAACGCAAUGCCAGUGACCUUCUCAAUGUAGGCUAUGUGGGAUCAAACAGUCAAGGACAGUUUACUGGUGAAUUAUAGUAGUUGAGAAGACACACUGCAAGCUGCUCUGAUGGACCAUCAGGUCUGAACUCAUGGAAGUGAUGACACUAAACAGUGCAAUGAACAUUUUCUUUAUUUAUGUACUAUUAAAAGAACUGUAAAUGCAAUGUAAAGACACACAGCCACACAUAUUCCACAGAUACCUUACUUGUGUUCUUCUCUUUAAUACACCAUCCACCUUAAACUAUUCCUUGUCAGGAGUAUAUGAAAAAAAAAGAAAAAAAAAUCACCCUCCAGGAUGAAAAGGAUUUCCUUCUGUAUAUAAUUUCUUUUGUUGCAUUGCUAUGCAAGCUCACCUUCUUUUUGGCUAUGUUCAUAUUCAUGUCUGUUUUUAUUGGUCGGUUGUACUAUAUGUGAAUUAAUAGGCUGUGGUGCCAUAUAUGAACUUUUAAUUGUGUAACUUUUAUGUUUAAAGUUUGCACUGCAAUUUUAUUUGGUGAUAAGCACAAAACUCUACUCCUCAUGACAUGAAGAAAAAAGAGACUGAAUGUGUGAAGGUUUACAUACUGUAAGCUACUUCAGAUGAUGCUGGAUGUAAAGGAGUGUGUUAGGUGGUUUUCCAUUGGGGUGUAGAAAUGAGAAAGUGACAGGCAAAACUGAUGUCAGUGAAGACAUUAGAGACAGAUUUAAAUCCUUUAGAAGCAAGCAACAUAGUUGUUCUUCCUAUUUAAGAAAGGGUCAGAAGUUGGAAGUGUGAGAUUAAAGAAUGAAUAUGAAAAUUAAAGGUAGCAUGAGAUGGCCUAGACCCUUUCACUAGAAUGAUGCCCUUAGUAUCUGUUUUUAGCCAUCCCAUGCCAUGAAAUGAAGGGGAAGAAAAACAAACCUUGUUACAAACAAAAGAACUUAAGGUGUUUCACUAAAGCUGGUUUUAUAUUGCAGUUUUAAAAGAAUUAUUACUAUUAAUUUCUCCAACCCAAAAUAUAAGACAGAUUUCCAGGAGAAACAAAUAAUAUAAACUCAAGAAAUACCUAGUAAGUAGUUAAGGAUGCAAUUUAUUGUUGAGACAUAUUCAAGCUGCUUCCAAAAAAUUGAAAUAUCAGAGUAUCUUAUUUCAUCUUUCCAAUACAUGUAUAGUACAGUAGAGGAUAGAGCUGCACCACUGAAAUUCAUGACAUUAAUUGUUUUGAUGCAGUCUAAACAAACCUUUGUGUUCUGUUACCUGAAGUCUGUGAGAGCUGAAGCUGGAUCCAC